GCACCCCCAGCCUCCAGCAGGAUGUUCCCUGUGAGCCUGCCCCAGCCAUGGAUUACAAUGUUGCAGGAUCUCCCCAUAGUGAGGCCUCCACAUCUGCAUCAGGAUCAGUGGACUGGGCUAAAGCUGGGGCGGAGGGGGCCUGGGAUAAGAGACACCCCAGCCUUCUGAGGAGAAGCUUUAGUUUCAGACACUGGAAUGGGGAACUGCUGAAAAUCAGGAGCCUGACCAGGGAGAAACACCACAGCAGCUCCAGCUGCCUUAGCCAGCAAAGGGUAGAAUCCAGAGAGCAAGUGCCCAUGGGUGACCCAUGCCCAGCUGACAAGAGGAACACCUUAGAUGUGGGCGAAGUGCUGAACAAAAGCGACCCCCUGACCGACCUGGAGAGGUGGGAGCGGAGCAAGAGCAAGAACCGGACUCUGGAUAAUAGUGAUCUGCACAAGCUCUCCGAGCAAAUGGAGAUGGACAGGAAAGGCCAGGAGAGGAGACUACUCAGGUUCUUCAGUGGCAUCUUCUCUCGAAAGGAUGGUGCCCUGGUGUCAUUUGUUGGUCCUGGUGGCCGGUCACCUAGAACUAGCCACUCCAGGUCCCGGAGUUACUUCAGCAGCUUAAAAAGACCUGCGGCGGACAAUAUCCAGUCCAGCUCUGAGAGCGUCAAUGGAUCCCCUUACAAAGAUGCCUUUGUAAAUAGUCAGGAAUGGACACUAAGCCGAGCUGUGCCGGAGCUCAAAGUGGGCAUUGUAGGCAAUCUAGCAAGUGGGAAGUCGGCUUUGGUACAUCGGUACCUGACGGGUACUUAUGUUCAAGAAGAAUCCCCAGAAGAUAUGGAUGCAGGUGGGAGAUUCAAGAAGGAGAUUGUAGUUGAUGGACAGAGCUACCUCCUACUCAUCCGUGAUGAAGGUGGACCGCCCGAAGCACAAUUUGCUAUGUGGGUGGAUGCUGUGAUCUUUGUCUUCAGCCUGGAGGAUGAGAUCAGUUUCCAGACAGUCUAUCACUACUACAGCCGCCUUGCCAACUACCGCAACACCAAUGAGAUCCCCAUGGUCCUGGUGGGAACUCAGGAUGCCAUCAGUUGCACUAACCCCCGUGUAAUAGAUGAUUCCCGUGCACGAAAGCUUUCCAAUGACCUCAAGCGAUGCACUUACUAUGAAACUUGUGCCACCUAUGGGCUUAAUGUGGAACGUGUCUUCCAGGAUGUGGCCCAGAAGAUCGUGGCAACUCGUAAAAAGCAACAGCUUUCCAUCGGUCCCUGCAAGUCUCUGCCAAAUUCCCCCAGCCACACGUCUGUUUGCUCAGCGCAGGUGUCAGCUGUGCAUAUCAGUCAGACAAGUAAUGGAGGAGGCAGUUUAAGUGACUAUUCUUCAUCCGUUCCAUCUACACCCAGCACUAGCCAGAAAGAGCUGAGGAUUGACGUGCCUCCUACUGCCAGUACCCCAACUCCAGUGCGCAAACAGUCCAAGCGAAGGUCCAACCUGUUCACGUCUCGAAAAGGGAGCGACCCAGACAAAGAUAAGAAAGGUCUAGAGAGCAGAGCAGACAGCAUCGGCAGCGGGCGAGCAAUACCAAUUAAACAGGGCAUGCUACUAAAGAGAAGUGGGAAGUCCCUAAACAAAGAAUGGAAGAAGAAAUAUGUCACCCUAAGUGACAAUGGAGUCCUCACCUAUCACCCUAGUUUACACGAUUACAUGCAAAAUGUCCAUGGUAAGGAAAUAGACCUCCUCAGGACUACAGUGAAGGUUCCAGGGAAAAGGCCUCCACGAGCCACAUCAUCCUCUGCACCCAUUGCCAGCCCCAAAACCAAUGGACUAACCAAGGAAGUCAGCGGGCUGCAGAUCUCCCCUAAUACAGGAAAUGUGACGACCAGUACGUCCGUUACCCAGAUGGCCAGUGGUCCUAGUGGCAUUAGCCUGGGUUCUUUUAGUCGCCUAGAUGGGAUGCACCAGCGGUCAUACUCUGUGUCUAGUGCGGAUCAGUGGAGUGAAGGUGCUGUCCUAGCAAACUCUGCCAUCAGUAGCGAUACUGGGCUGGGUGACUCUGUGUGUUCCAGCCCCAGCAUCUCUAGUACUACAAGCCCCAAACUGGAUCCACCUCCGUCUCCGCAUGCCAACCGCAAGAAACACCGCCGGAAGAAAAGUACUAGCAACUUUAAGGCUGAUGGACUCUCCAGCACAGCUGAAGCUAAACGCAAAGCAUGGAAACUAAACCGUGUUGGUAGCCUGCGAAAUGUUUACAGCGGCAACGCCAACACAGAAGAACUAGAAGAGAACUUUGAGUUCAUCAUUGUGUCUCUCACCGGCCAAAGUUGGCACUUUGAAGCUACAAGUUAUGAAGAGCGGGACGGCUGGGUACAGGCUAUAGAGAGCCAGAUUCUUGCCAGUCUACAGUCCUGUGAAAGUAGCAAGAACAAGUCUCGUCUCACCAGCCAGAAUGAAGCUUUAGCUCUACAGUCAAUUCGCAGUUUACCAGGAAAUUCUCAUUGUGUGGACUGCGAUGCACCAAGCCCGGACUGGGCCAGUCUGAACCUUGGAGCCCUGAUGUGCAUAGAGUGUUCUGGAAUUCAUCGCAAUUUGGGGACCCAUCUAUCCCGUGUCCGUUCCUUAGACCUUGAUGUCUGGCCGCCUGAACUCAUAAAAGUCAUGUCGGCCAUUGGAAAUGAGCUGGCCAACAGCGUGUGGGAAGGAAGCAGUCAAGGACAUGUAAAGCCGUGUUCAGAGAGCCCUAGGGAAGAGAAGGAACGCUGGAUCCGUGCGAAAUAUGAACAGAAGCUGUUUUUGGCUCCCCUUUCCUGCCGAGACCUGCCCUUAGGACAGCAGUUACUGCGAGCCACAGCGGAGGAGGACCUGCGGACAGUGAUCCUGCUCCUUGCUCAUGGCUCCCGCGAGGAGGUGAAUGAAACCUGUGGAGAAGGGGACAGACGUACAUCCUUGCAUCUAGCCUGCCGCAAGGGCAGCGUGGUACUUGUGCAGCUGCUUAUAUGGUACGGUGUGGAUGUGAUGGCGCGGGACAUCCAUGGGAACACAGCGUUAGCGUAUGCCAAGCAAGCUGUCACCCCUGAGGUGCGAGAGCUCCUAAUGCAAUAUGGCUGCCCCGAUGAACAGUUUGUGCUUAUGGCCACGCCAAACCUCUCCCGAAAAACCAACCGCAACAACAACAGCAAUGCGGGAGGUGGAGGCCUCAUGCCCACCCUAAUCUAACAAAAAAAAAUCAUACGGAAAGGAGACAGACUCGAGCACCGCUCACUCCUCGCACCGCAAGGGGAGGAGUCAGGAAUGACAUGGGAGGUGUAAAAGCACUGAGUGCAGAACAAGGGGGAGAAGAGAAUGAGCUUUCACUGGCAUUUUGGGAGGCAGGAAUAAUAAAAAAAAAAGAAGGGAGGUAGAGAGCUGUCAGUUAUGUGCACAUUUCACCUCUACCCCAGCAGAACACUUAGGCUCUGCUCUCAUCUGACAAGCACUGCUCCACAUAAAUCACACGCAGGCACUGAGUUUGUCAGGUUUGAGGCUCCAAUGAUGCUAUGUGUCAAAUCACUUGGAGCUAAUCUGUCCUCAGAGAAUGCUGGCUUCAUUACACUUGUAUAGUUGAGUUCCCUCAGCCUGUACCGCUGUUUAAUAGGACAUGAUUACUCAUCAUGUAGAAGGGAGCAUAUUAGCGGAGGAGGAAGCUCUCUCCACGCUCCGCUGAUUACAGGGAUGUGAUUGCAAUAUUCUUACAAGAAUCAUAUUAGGAGAGACAUUCUAGGCCCCAUCUUCAGACUCCUUGUCAUAAUCUUGCUGCGCUUUAAAGCGUAUGUUCCUCUAAAUGUAACCCCCCAAAAAAUAUAGGAACAAAAAAAAAAAUGAUUCCGUAAAUGCAUUUUUCAGGGUGAGGUUAGACCAACUGUUUGCUGCAUCAUGCAUUGUGAGAUUUUAUAUAUAUAUAUAUAAAUAUAUAUAUACAUUUUUUUUUUUUAAUUUACAGAAAUUAUUUAUUUUAUGAAACUAUUGCCAGGCACCUGAGUCACCUCUGUCACUUGGCUCCAUUCCUGUAAUGCAUACACACACUGCUCAUUGUACCCUCCACCCCCUUACAACUGUGCAUCUGGGUCAUUUCAACUAGCUGAUAUGCAAGAGAUAAGAAAAAAAAAAUCACGAUAAUUGAGGUGGUUAUAUGGUUGAGUGCAUUUAUUUUUUUUCCUUAAAGGCUUACAUAAGAGACACUAAUUAGGAUUAGUUACUGCACUAAGGGAGAGGGAACAUAUUUUUCAGGGAGAGCUCUGUAUACGGAAUGCCUGCUCUAAAGAUCAGGGCAUCUAGAUAAGGGCUGGGUGUAUAUGCAUGUACAGAGCUGUGUAUAUCCAUGUGCAAUGCACACUGCACAUAGUAUUGUACAGAACACUGUCUUAUUGAAUUUGUAUAACAUGUGACUGUUGGUGGGUAUAGCCCUAAAAAGGGGACUCUUCACCAUGCGCUCAACAGAUUUUCCGAUAGACUGAGCAUUUCACGUAAUAGGGUCCUAUAGAAGUAAUGCACUACACGCUUUGGCCUGAGUUAUGUAAAUAUGCUUAGGGAUGGACCUGAUUAAAUAUUUAUUACUGGUACACAUCCCUUGCUAACAAGGUUUAUCAAUAUAUCAUUCUUAGUAUUUUCAUCCACAAGUUAAAAAUGUUCAUUUUGACAUUCAUAAAACAUAUCAA